AUGGGAAGACACGCGAACCCCGACAUCCGUCGUGCGUAUGAAGAAUUUCAUGACAGCGACACGCCAAGCAAGUGUAAUAAAGUUCGUUGUCGUCACUGUGGCUAUGUUCGCGCAAAAAACACCACACGCCAGAUCGAGCAUCUACAAGAAUGUCAGAGCUACCUCCAGUCUCCAGAAGCGCUUGCGCACCUAGCAACGAUCAAUCCUACGAACAGCAAUGGCGGCACCGAAAUACCUACACGGCCUCCGGGCCCAGGCAUACUCAAUGGCACGCAUCCAAAUCCAAACCUUCACGUCAAUCGACGUGGACCAAACCAGAAUAAGCGCAAUCGCGAUUCCCUGAUGAUGCAAAGUGGUCUAUCACAACAGCACACGCAACCGUCGGCUGGUCCUCCGCAACCCUCUCCUUCCUUGACGAGUCACCUCCUCGCGUCCUACCAGUCGGAGUUCACAUCGGCCACGCAGCAGCCUUUCUUAUCCCAUGCUGGUUGCGGUACGCUCGCAGCUGCACCACUGAACCAGUGGCUUGUACAAGACGGACAUUAUGCACGUGGAUACAUACGCUUCAUCGGCCAGCUCCUCGCGAAGAUCAGACUUCCCCAGGUCCAAAACUCACAAUUCCAUCCAAUGUACCGUACCAUGGAUCUCCUCAUUUCGGCCUUGAAUAAUAUCAGACGAGAAAUGAGCUUCUUCGAGAUCACGGUAUCAAAAUACGGACUGCAGGUCACCGAUACCCCACCAAACCACAUCACAAGAGCAUACUUAGAUCUGUUUGUAAGCGCAAGCAGCUCCAGCGCUUCCUUGCUCGAGGGUAUGAUCGUCCUAUGGGGCACUGAACAUUGUUAUCGCACUGCAUGGAUGUACGCCGCGAAUUUCUCCCAUUCUCUCAGUACUCCCUCGACCGAAACACACGUUGUCGCCCUUCACCAGGCCUUCAUCCCCAAUUGGACGUCGCCCGCAUUCGCAAAGUUCGUAGAAGCCACGCGUGGACUCGCAGAUGAACUUGCCAAUGCGACAGUAUCGAAUGGUAAAGAAGAGAUGCUGCGGUGCGAGGAAGUGUUCAAGCAGAUUUGCUGGCUUGCGGAACGAUUUUGGCCCGAUGUUGAUGGAAUGGGUGAAGAAGAUGAAAGUGGACGGCUGGGAGCUGGCUUAGGAGGUGGAAUAGGCGGUCUUGGAAGCGCUGAUUCAGAAGAACAAGAUCAACCUGGCAACUAUGGGGCUCUAAAUGGGAUGACUGAUGAAGUGAAUGCAGAAUCAUAA